UGGGUUAUGUGAGGUAUCAGUAAGUAAUUGACAAUAUUGACAAUAUUGAAAGAAAAUGAUCUAUCCAUUUCUUGUUGUUUGUUUGGCGAUAAGUGGUGUUAGCAUACCAGUUCAUGGUUUUCAAGAUACACUCAAAGAAAAUUUGGAGCUUGAAAGACAACUAAAGCUAAUCAAUAAGCCUCCUAUCAAAACUAUUAAUACAAAAAAUGGAGACAUUGUUGAUUGGAUUGAUAUUUAUAAACAACUAGCAUUUGAUCAUCCAUUACUAAAGGAUCACAAGUUACAGAGAAAACAUAGUUUUCAAAAAUCAAGUAUGAAGAAUUUAGCAAACAAACCUAAUUUUAACCUUGAAAAAGUCCAAUGUCUUAAAGGGUCUAUUCCUAUUCGGAGAACAACAAAAGAAGAUCUCAUUCGAGAAAAACAAUUAUUAAAUAAUAGUAUUCUUCUUCGAGACAUUCCUGGUGUUCAUCUUGCAGAAUUAGCUCUUUCAUCGAAUUUUAGUCCAUACUAUGGCGUUAGAGGACGAAGCAGCGUUUAUAAUCCACCGAUCACUAAGGGUCAAAUGUCUCUUUCUCAUGUGUGGGUUCAAAAUGGACCCAUAAGUUCUAACAAUAAAAUCAGUUUUGGAUGGCAAGUGAGUUUAGAUUUGUAUAGUGACAAUAAAACUCAUUUAUACGCAUCAUGGACGCGAGACAACUUUCAAAAGACAGGAUGUUACAAUGUUCGAUGUCCAGGUUUUGUUCAAACCAGUACCCAACUUUCUCUUGGUGCAAUACCUGGAGAUAUAUCUUCUUAUGGUGGACCAGUUUUUGAUUCUACUGAGUAUAUAACUAUGGACACAAAAACCAAAAACUGGUGGGUUCAUACAAGUGGUGAAGAUGUUGGAUAUUUUCCAGCAAAGUUAUUCUCUAACUUGGCUUCGGCAGAUAAAGUAGGGUGGGGUGGAAGGACAUUAACUCCUCACGGUUCUCGCAGCCCUCAAAUGGGAUCUGGACAUUUUCCUGAUAAAGACCUUUAUCUGUAAAUAAUGUAUGGACCGAAAAGAUAUCAAACAGAAAAGUAUGUUGACAAACCUAGAUGUUAUGACCUUAGGUACUACGGCAAUGUUCAUGGCAUUGGUGGAUAUAUGCUUCAAUUUGGAGGACCUGGUGGUAAGUGUGAUGAUUAGUCUAAUUUUAGUUAUUUAUGAACUUCAAAAAUAAAUUAUUAUUAAUAAUUUUUUUUUCUACAA